UCAUUCAUUUACAGCCAGUGAGGAGAGAGCGACUGCGCUGUGAAAGACUGCGGGUGAUCAACUGAACCAACGAAGCCCAGUGGAGAAUCACAGCAACGCAGCCCCACUGAAAACCCAGUGCCCCAUUUUACUAUAGAAUGGCAUCAAGAAGAAUGGAGACCAAACCAGUGAUAACCUGCCUCAAAACGCUCCUCGUCGUCUAUUCCUUCGUGUUUUGGAUCACGGGCGCGAUCCUCCUAGCUGUAGGACUAUGGGGGAAGUUCAUGCUGGGUGCGUACAUAUCUAUCAUCGCUGACAGCUCCACCAACGCUCCUUACGUUCUCAUCGGCACCGGAACAUGCAUCAUCGUGUUCGGACUGUUUGGAUGCUUCGCUACGUGUCGCGGGAGCCCAUGGAUGCUCAAGCUGUAUGCCAUGUUCCUGUCCCUGGUCUUCCUGGCAGAGCUCGUGGCUGGCAUCUCCGGCUUUGUCUUUCGUCAUGAGAUAAAGGGAACCUUCCAGAGGACCUUCAGUGAGGCGGUGAAGAACUAUAAUUCCCAGGACGAGAGGAGCCUGGCUGUGGACAAUGUGCAGCGCAGUUUGAAAUGCUGUGGUGUGUUGAACUACACCAGCUGGUUAUCCAGUAUCUGGUUUCCUAACAACGGCAUCCCACCCAGCUGCUGUGCCAACAUCUCCGACUGUAACUCUUCUGACCUGCGCAAUGCCACCAUAGCCCCCAGCAAGGUCCACCAGCAGGGCUGUUAUGAGCUGGUGACCGACUUCAUUGAGACUAACAUGGGGAUCAUUGCUGGAGUGACGUUUGGAAUAGCUGUCUCACAAUCAAUUGGUAUGCUGUUGGCCUGCUGUCUGUCGCGGCUUAUCACUGCCAACCAAUAUGAGAUGGUGUAGCAGUGAGGUGCAGGGAGACCAGGAGGAGGAGAGAGUACACGUCACCUUGGAAACUGGGGAGGAACACACCCAAACACUAGCACACUACAUUCUUACUUUUCCACUCUUUCUUAUUUUCUUUCUUUCUCACUCUCUUUUUCUCUCUGUUUCUCUCUGUUUCGUCUCUUUGAACACAUUCCUUAAUGUGGCGUCGUGCCAUGAUUAAAAACGUUUACCUUUCAAGACCUUAAUUCUUCUAAAAUGAAUGGUUCUAGAUUAGCACAAACACCUGCCUCAACCAUAUGUUCCGACCCAUGCAUGCCAUGCGUAAUUGAAACAGUCCCAAUCUUCAUUUACACACGUUGAUAAUAUU